AUGAAUCUCUCCUUUAAAAACAUGUGUAAACUCCGUCCACUUCUCAAAGAAUGGCUAGAAGGUCAAGAAGCAGCUGUUGCAAAUGGUGUAAACGUGGAAGAACUGAGAACGAUUGAGAUUUCAAAGGUUAGUGCAAUAGACACAAUUCAGAGCUUCCAUUUCAAAAUGUUCCACUUUCAGGAAAAAGUGGAGGAGUGCGUCGAAGAGAUGCCAAUCCAUAUGCCAAAUACUGAACCUAUAAUGAAGAGGCGCAGAAAACGGACGAAUCUCGACUUGUCCCAGGUAGGGACAGACUUAUUGUUUACGAAUUAG